GACUACAGCCAGUCAGUCUGUUUUCUUUGGUUUUUAACAAAAUUGUAUUCCAGUUAUGAAAUAAACACUAUUAUUGUGUUGUAUACCAUACAACUAUCGCGUUAAUAUUGUCGCCAACGACGGUCGUCUUAAAUUAGUUUUAAGUCGAUUAAUAAAUAAAUGUCCGGUAAUCCUCCACAAAGGACUACGUUUCGACCACCGUGGGUUAAAGAUGUCAAAGAUGCAGCUACGGGUCAGGCUCCGGCUAACCCUGUACCGUGGAGAAACCGAGAUAAGAUGACCACAAAUGUAACUAACCAACCAAAUGCGAUUGACGAAAUGAAACAUUUCAAGUUGCGAAAAGUCACACCGAACGAUGGAAAAAAAGUCACAGAAAUCAAAAUUGUGCCAAGAAUUGAAUCUCAAGGUCCGUUACAAGUUAAGAAGUCCGUGCCAGUAGCAGAGACACCGGCAAAACCAACGAUGACAUCAAAAGCACCACCACCCACUUCCAAUGUACCGCGACCACCUCCAGCCGCACCUCCUAUACCACCCCCGCCGCCAUGUGCUCCAGCUGGACCACCGCCGCCUCCACCAAUGGCAAGCAUGAAUGGACCACUUAUCGUAAAAAAGCCACCGACUCCGGAUAAAAUGAAGAAGAUAGAAUCUCUUCGCAGCCGACCGAGAAGACGACCGGAUUGGUCGGAUAUGAUGAAAGAAGUGGAAAGUGGCAGGAAACUAAAACAUGUCGAGUGCAAUGACCGCAGUGCUCCGAUUUUACCUAGUGACAAAUCUAAAGAUAAGUUUAUGUACGAAUCUGAAACGAAAGCCGAAUCUACAGACCACCAUCAACUUUUGAAAGACAUUCAGGGUGGUGUUAAACUGCGAAAAGUUGCAACAAAUGAUAGAAGCAAGCCAAAUAUUGAAGGACUUAGAAAAUUUAGAAGACAAGCGACUAUCGAGGAAAAAAUUCAAAAGUCGGUGUCGAUGGCGGACGUUGUAGCUGCUGCUGCAGAACCUGAUGAACUUGACGAUAUCGACAAAGUUAGAGACGAUCUACAGUCGGCCAAACAAAUGCUUGCGUUGGAAUUGCGCAGUAAAGAAGCGCUAGAACGGGAAAACAAAAGACUUUUAGCCAGAGUAUCGAAUCUACAAGAAGAACUUCAAGACAAAGACAAAGACAAAUCGAAUGGCCACGAGCCCUCGAGGUCUGAAAAAGACCAGCAGCUAAUGAACAAGUUGAAAGAAGAAGCGGCAGAGGCCGACCGUAUCGUCAAAGACAUGGAACAAAAGUAUCACGUGACCGCCGAAGAGUUGGAUAGCACCCGCAGAAAACUGGAAAGCGCAUGGUUGAGAAACCAACAGUUGGAAUUGGAAUUGAAAGCGGCUCUGUCGGGCCGCGUGACGUCUCAACAAACGGUACCCCGUCAGAUGUCUAUGAAAAGACUGUCCGUGGCGCCGUCUGUUGAUCAUUUGUCCGAAGAGGACGAGGACGAGGACGACGACGACGACGAUAGUUCAGAAGACGGUUCGAGCGACGGGUCCCAAGAAAUGGACGACGCCAGAAGGACGGCCAGGGAACUGAAGCUGUUGGAGGUCAAAGUGAAAUCGCUUAGCGACAAACAAACUUCGGCGCUCAAAGAACGCAAAAUGCUCAAACAGGAAUUGGCCAAGAGACAGCGGGAGCUCAAAGCCGAAAAGAAAAAGUACAAGGUGUUGCAAAAGGAAGUCGACAAGAUGGCGAAAUUGAUGAGAGAAACCGGCGAAGAGGACGAGGACGAGGAUGAAGAAGCCGAAGAACAGGAGGAAGAAGAAUCAGAGGAGGAGACCGAAACCGAAAGCGAGGAGAGUGACGAUGAACCCAAAAGCGAAGGAGAAGCUCCAGCCACGGCCACGGCUGAUGAGAAAAAAGAUAACUUAAACCGCAGAUCGAAGUACUACGAAGGAAGGUUGACUUCGUUGAAAAAAGGCAAUUAUUUGCUGAAGGCUAAUGUUGAACGGCUCCAGGACGACGUCAACAAACAAAAAGAAAUGUCUUUAGUUUUACAAGAAGAUUUGAAUUCAGUAUUGGCUGAACUGGGAUGACCGCAAGCAAAUACGUUCACAUACUUCGCCCUUUUUUUUUUGUUUUUAUACGAAUUUGUUAAACGGGAAAGUGAUACGCGUUAAUAUUAAUAAUUAUAUUUGUUAUAAUAAUAUGAUAAAUAAAUGUUAUUUAUUGUUUUAACUACAACCGAUCGAGUUUUCCAUUGGUGACUAUUGGCUUUAUAUUUACCUAACAAUUGAUACGUUACAAAUAUAUGCCGAAAUUAAUUCGCGUUACCAUAAUUUGAUAAUUUGUUUUUAACAUUACCUUAGACAUAUUAUACGUGACGGAUGUAUCGUAAAACAUGUUCGCGUUAUGAAAUAGUAACCUAAUCUAAUAAUAU